UCGAAAAGUCGCUCAUCAGCUGUGUUUUGAUGGAAUAAAAAAUUUACAAAAAUUCCAUCAAAACCUCAUUUCUCAUCGACAAAUUAAAAAAUAAACCACUCACGAUGUCAAACAAGUACCUCAAGCUCGCCGAACUUCCCACACAAUAUGCGAAACGGAUGAAUUUCUUGUCCAACCGGAUAUUCAAUGAAGUUUCGCGUCCCACAAACAAAACUUCGAUGCGAGUCGUGAAGCUGUUCGAGAAAAAACCUCUGCAAAAGACAAAAUACUUCGUUAAUUGGUAUCCGAGACACUGGGAAACGGGCUACAUGAUCAUGAAAUUACGCAAAUACGGAUUGUUCCGCGACGAGCAUCUCGAUUUCAAGGAUGAAAUGAACCGAUUGCGAGCAUUGAGAGGCAAAGCACCACCUGUGAAGGAACUGAAGCCGGGAAAAUCGCCGAAAAAUCGGAUUUAAGUUGGUUUUAGGAGAGAAAAAUUAGUUCAAGAAAUAAAUUUUAAUGAAAAAAAAUGUUUUUU